AAGUCGUGUAUCGAGUCACAGCACCUGUCUUAGAAAGCUUUGAGGUAUUUGAUUCUCGAGACUAAGCUGAUCUUUUAAUAUAACAGAAUUAGUAAGCCUCUACUGGUAGGUAAAGUAGAUGACCCGAACUGGAAUCCCAUCGCCCUGAGGCGAAAGAUCAUCGUCGUGAUGUUCACCUUCCACCUUCGUCCUGCAGCAUCUCAAUGGCCUCAUGGCGAUCACCGUAGCUCGUUCGGUAGGCUUACGAGCUAUUGAUAUAUAAGAACCACUCUCGCCUUGUCCUUUUUCUUUCUCUUUUUUGAUCUCACUUCACCUCAACCAACAAAUAAUCCAAAUCAUCUGGUUUCCAUACCUUAUAAUAUAAUAUCCUAAUAUUACCUGUUAAAAGCAUCAUGAAGCUCCAACUCACAUCCCUAUUCCUCGGCCUUGCCGCCACGGUCGUGUCUGCACAGGAGCAGCUGCAGACCGGCCCCUUUUCUCUACACAUUACUGGUAAAGGAGAGAAUAGCUCAAUUGAUGGCUACGCAGGAUCUUGCCACGCCGGAGCCGCCAUCGAGGGAUUCUGCUACUCCGCCGGCGAACUCCCCGCCGGCAGCAACUCCUUCCAGUACUACUUCAACUACACGAACGGCAGCAGCACGAUCGGCGACGCGCCCAUCGGCCAAGUGAUCUGGAAGCUUCCUUACUUAAACGGGACUGAGCAGGCGUAUGUCGAGCAGACGAUGGGGCUGCAGUACUCGGUGAACAGCAACGUGGCGGCGCCCAUGUUCGGCUUCGGCUCCUACUCCUACCUGCCCCUCGGCUUCGACGCCGACGGCAAGCUCUUCGCCUACAGCUACCUCGACGACUCGACUUUUACCCCCGGCCAGAACCCCGGCCAGGGCGCGGAGCCAAAGGCGUACUACCAGUGGUACGUGUGCUGGCAGUACUUCACGAGUUACUACUACCAGUCGGUGGGGUGGUCUACGACUGAUACCCCCCAUAACCCGACUUGCGAGGCUGUGGACAUCACCCAGGUGUUCGCUACUUCUUAAGGGGGGUGGGGAGUGGCCUAUCUUAUUUACCUACCUCUUAACCCUAAUGCUUGAUAUGAGAGAAAAAGUUGGAUGGCCACUCGGGUAUAUGAUGGACGAUAAUGAACAGUAUGAGUAUACGAGAUUCUGUUAAUGGCUUGGGAUCAUGAAAAUAAAGAGGAAGAAUUUAAAAGGCUUUAAUGAUAGGAAUAUAAUAAUAAUAACAACUUGACCACGAA